UGCCUAUUGCAGAGGCAGAUGAGACUCACAUCGCCGGGGCAGUAAGAGAAGGACGCGUAACUUCGCAAAGACAAAGGGGACUCUAUAAUUAUUCCUGGAAGUGCACGGAGCAGCCUGCAGCAUCCAACCUAACCGUCUUAGAGAACCGCCCAGCUGACUGUGCCAGGCAGGACACACAGGACGCGGCUGGGAGAGCCUGCUUGAAUGGCAAGAAUGGGACAAGGGCUGGACAGAGCUACGGAGGCUGAGCACAUGGAUGGGAGUACAGAGAAACUAGGUAGAGGUCUUGGAAGUCCAGGGCAGGGGGGUGACAGCGGGGACCCGGAGCUGGGGGCUGGCGGAGCCGGGGAGGAGCUGCGGAAAGCUGACUUGGAUGAGGGCCCAGGCAUAGAGCCAGCGGCACCUGCUCUGGAGAACGAUGUGAACAGCCGCCCAGACGAGGGGGGAGAGGGUGGAGUGGGAGGAGACGACGGCGGUUCGGCUGCUAUGCCACCUCCACUGCAGCCAGAUGCCGGGAAGAGCCCAGGGAAGAGAGCACAGAGCAGCAAGUCCUCUACAGCUGAUCCUCAGUCAUCCAAGACCAUGAGCCAGGAAGAAGCUGCUUUAGGCAAUGGUGAGGACAGGGUGCAGAGCGAGACAGACCAACAAGUUGGAAGCAGGGGUUGCUUUGAACUGUAUGUCGAGGAAGAGGCCCUUCAUUCUAACUCCGAGGUCAUCUCUGACGGCACUUCCGUUCCACUUGUGAACCCUUCUGAUGUUGUGAGUGAAUUGCUGGUGGAGCAAACCAUGAGAGAUUUUGCGCCCCUUGAGAAAGAACAAGGUAAGAAGACUGCUGACUCUAAGAUGGUAGAAAUGAGAUAUGUUGGUAAAUUAACAACAAGUGAAGACAUCAAGAUCGAUUCCUCUCACAUGGAGGGAGACCAGGAAGUGUCUUUUUGUGAGCCCCUGGAAAUUAUUGAGGAGGUGUCUCCAAGUUCUGACAAUUUGCUGGAAAAUGUGGAUAUUUUUAUGGCACAUUUAAGAGAGGGAGAAGAUUCCAAAGGGACAAAAGAACCGUACACUGUAGAAAUCCAGUCAACCACAGCAAAGAUUGGACCCCAAAAACACCAAGAAACCCCUAAUGAUUUGGGGCCUGUCCACCUGGAAAGCCGAGAUAUUGAGUGCUUUAUUCCUGUAAAUGAAUUUUCCUCAAUGACUAACCCACAAGAUCUUCCAAAACAGGAUGUAGAGCAUGCCCAGGUUGGGGUGAAUACAAGGAAGGAUCAUACUUAUAAAUUUCUCAGAGAAAAUCCUGAUAACUUAUCUGACCAGACCUAUUCCAGUCCUGGGGAUCAUAUUGCUGAAGUGAUGUCCAUGUGUGAAGUUUUGCACAUUGGAGGUUCAUCAGAGAAGAAUCGUGGAACAGAAAAUACCACACAUCAAAUGGAUCCUUUUGAAGGGAUAGGGGCGACAGUAGGUGACAUUUCUGAGCACUGUCAACUUCGUAAGGAUGAAGAAACCAAAAAUGAAGAUCCUGUUCCUAUAUGGAGUGGGCCAAACCAGUCUGAAUGGACGACUCCUGAAGUUAGGACUUCUGCGGUGUUUGGCAACUGCCCAUUGGAUUUUAUCUUGAGCUGUGAAACGCCCAACAUCCCAAGUAAAAAUGACGACGACCUGGCUGAGCUCACUACAACUUUUCAUUCUGAUCAAUAUGCCCCCAGUAAUACUGUGGGUUCUGCUUCAAUCAAAACGGAUCCAAUCGUUGACCCUAAGAAACAGGAAGAGGAAGUCACACAUACAAAACUUUCAACAACUCCUUCAGAUGAGUCUCAGAAAAAAGAAGAAACUGAUCUUUUGGCAUUGCAACAUGGACAUACUUUUGACACUUCAGCAAACCACCAAAAUGCAGAAGAAAGAGGAAAGCAAGAUGCAGGACAUUGGCUGCAGGAAAGGAUACCUACAGGUGAGACACAAAUGUCUAAACUUGACAAAGAGGAAGCAAGAGGAAGUACUUUCGGCUGGAACAGGUCUGAUUUCAGUGGCAGUGGUAUUGUAGAAACACAAGUGGCUUCCUCGAAGGAUACUCCUGAGUUACUCAGAGCCCUUCCGGCAUGCAGUCUAGCUUCAUCCGGCCAAGUCACUCUAUCAUACACUCAAAGGUCCCCUGAGACAGAAUUGCAAAAGUCAGAACUGCCAAACUCAGAAGUGCUGUCAACAUACCCGGAGGGAUUUGCGUAUCUGUCCAGUCCGAAUCUCUCAACUUUUGGGAAUAUCACAAAUAAUGAACCAGCUGCGAUUAUAUCCACAUCUGUAGAAGAGUUAUCCAGAUCUGUCCCAACUGAUCCUCGAAAAGAAAAUGAAAUGUCAUCAGCAUUAUUUAUAGAUGGAACCCAAAGACUUGCUGCUGUUGAUGCUUCCUCCCUGCUUACAGAUGAAUUGUCUCCUAAAAAAGAAAGGCUGUCAUCCAACAUAUACGUCCCCGAAACUCCAUGUACAGAACCCUUAGAUGACAGAGUUGUGGAAACAACAGAUUCUGCUGAAAAACAAGCCUGUGCUGAAACAAAAUCCUCAUCUGACCUCGUAAAAUGCCUUUCAAGGGACAGUGUGCAGUUUGACAGCAAACAGGAUAAAAGCCUUUGUCUGCAGGAUGCAAAAACUGACAAAAGUGCCCUGCAGCCUGAUUGGUCUCUCUCUGAAAAAGAUUCCCAAGCCUUGCUCCAAAAUGUUCCCAAGUCUAAGACUGUUUUUGACCUUGUAGAGGAUACAACCCAUGUGCAGGAAAAGACAAAGCACCAAGAUGGGACGAGACCUUUAAAGGCUGAGGGGAACAUGGAGCAGGGGGUGUCCUUGAAAGUGGCACAAAUGCUGAAGGCCUUUGAUGCUCCAAAAAAGUUACCUGAAAAGGCACUUGAGAAGAAACCCACAUCAAGGAAGGACAUGUUCCGGCGCGUCGUGCGGCAGAGCAAGUUUCGUCACGUCUUCGGCCAGGCCGUGAAGAACGACCAGUGCUACGAUGACAUCCGCGUAUCGCGUGUCACCUGGGACAGCUCCUUCUGUGCCGUCAACCCCAAGUUCGUGGCCAUCAUCGUGGAGGCCAGCGGGGGAGGGGCCUUCCUGGUGCUCCCCCUACACAAGUCUGGCCGGAUCGACAAGUCCUACCCCACGGUGUGUGGACACACAGGCCCUGUGCUGGACAUCGACUGGUGUCCACAUAACGACCAGGUCAUCGCCAGCGGGUCCGAGGACUGCACAGUCAUGGUGUGGCAGAUUCCGGAAAACGGGCUGACUAGCUCACUGUCGGAGCCCGUGGUGGUCCUGGAGGGUCACUCCAAAAGGGUGGGCAUAGUCACAUGGCACCCCACCGCUCGAAACGUCCUCCUCAGCGCAGGUUGUGACAACGUCAUCAUGAUCUGGAACGUGGGUACGGGUGAGGCUCUGAUCACCCUGGAGGACAUGCACCCCGACGUCAUCUUCAGCGCCUGCUGGAACCGCAAUGGCAGCCUGAUAUGCACAGCCUGCAAGGACAAGAAGGUGCGGGUCAUCAACCCACGCAAGGAGGAGAUCGUCGCGGAGAAGGACAAGGCCCACGAAGGAGCAAGACCCAUGAGAGCCAUCUUCCUGGCAGAUGGCAACAUCUUCACCACAGGCUUCAGCCGCAUGAGCGAACGCCAACUGGGUCUCUGGAACCCGGAAAACAUGGAUGAACCCAUCAGCGUCCAUGAGAUGGAUACAAGCAACGGUGUCCUGCUCCCUUUUUACGAUCCUGACACCAAUUUGGUCUACCUGUGUGGGAAGGGUGACAGCAGCAUCCGCUAUUUUGAGAUCACAGAUGAGGCCCCCUACGUUCAUUAUCUCAACACGUUCUCCACCAAGGAGCCACAGAGAGGUAUGGGUUAUAUGCCCAAGCGAGGACUGGAUGUCAACAAGUGUGAGAUCGCAAGGUUUUAUAAACUUCAUGAAAGAAAAUGUGAACCAAUUAUCAUGACUGUGCCAAGAAAGUCGGACCUGUUCCAGGAUGACCUGUACCCUGACACGGCUGGGCCAGACUGCGCCCUGGAAGCUGAGGAGUGGUUUGAGGGCAAGAACGGUGACCCGAUCCUCAUCUCCCUCAAGCAUGGUUACAUUCCCACCAAAAACCGUGACCUGAAGGUGGUCAAGAAGAACGUCCUGGACGGCAAGCAGAGCAGGAACGUGGAGAACACGAGUCCCGGCCAUAAGACACCCUCUCCAGCCCCAUCGAUUAAACAUGAGGGCAAACUGGAUGAAAUCCUGAAGGAAGUGAAAUCGCUCAGGGAAAUCGUCAGCAGUCAUGAGAAGCGAAUCGCCAAACUAGAGGAGCAAAUGUCCAAGAUUCAUAACUGAGGCCCCCUCCAACCCCCCCCCCCCCCCCCCCCAUUAUUCAGGGCGAAUCAUUGGUCGAGAGGUGGGUGGGGCCUGUCGCUGCCAAUUCUGACAACUGCAUUCUGCCUAAUGGACCCCCACCCCAGCGGUGAACCCCAAACGACAUUCCAAGAAUUUUCUUUCUUAUCUUUAAUAAAUAAUCCCCCCCCCCCCCGAUUAAUACCCAAGGAGAAAGAAUGAAAGACUAGGCUGACUAUUAUAUAGCGGCGAUGAGCACAUAUAUAUUUUUAAUAAAAGUUAAGAUCUGGAUUGCUGGUAUUUGCAUGGAUUGAAAUGGUUUUGGUGUGAUUUCUAUUAUUUAAAUUUACCCUGCGUCCCAUCCACAGUCACCUCAGUUCUCUCCAUUGAUCUGAAAAUUAUUAAUCUCUGAUCAUGGCUUAUAUUCUGGACAACGAGUGCAUAUAUUUGUCCUUAUUCUCUCAGAUCACAUUUAUUUUUCCCAGAAUUCAGAAAUGUUUUCACUGACUUGCAAAGCUUUUUUUAAAGAGACAGUGAUUAAUAUGGUUUAAUUGUGGAUUAACCAGCCUACUGAAAAAAAGUCCAACUGCUGCACAUUGAUUGUAGUUAAUUGCUUUUAUUGGGAUUUCUAGUGUUGUAAAACUGCCAGACUGGUUAUUUUUAAAUGUAAUUAUGAGGUUAAAAUUUGAGUAUAAUUUCACGAAGUUGAUUUUGAUGAUUGGCUCAAUCUUUCAGACUUCAGUUGAAAAAUAUACCACCUGUUCAUUUCUGUCAAAUGUUCCCUUUUCUUUUUAUUGCUGGGGGAGGUUCCUACUGCCCGCUUUUGAAAUGAUGACCUGACGAAACACAGCUAUCAGUAUUGUCUUUAUCCUUCAUACCUGCUUGCCAAUUUUAAAUGACUUCAGUUUACUAAUUUCCUUAGGCAGUAUUGUAAUCCAGCAGAUCAAAUCGGUAAGGGAUAAAGCAGUUGGGGUGGUAAUUGGGAAGGGGGGAGGUGCCUGUCUGCCAGCCAAACAGGCACCCAUUCAUUGAUGACUUGCUGCCUGGUUCAUUUGCCUGGUGAUGGACAGUGUUGAGAUGCUAUGUAUGGAAGCCAUUUGGUCUGUCCUGCUGUAAAUGCCAUGAUGCCCCCACAUUCAUCCUGGAUGUUAUGAGCGGUUGUCCUGAGAGCAUACGGCAGCUGCCCUUCUAGCGCAUAACUGUCUUUCAUCUACUUUUUAUCCAAACCUUUUCUGGUAGUUUAUGGUAUAAAAUUUACUUUUACACAUUCAAUUUUUUUGUGACCAAUAAACCCUUUGAAGUCCUGGGCUCUUUAUAAUCUCUGUGCCAUUCUUAGUUUUUUUUUUUUCUUUUUUGCUGGCCUGAUUUCAUGAAAAGCUCACAUUUAUUUCUCAUUUUGUAUGUAUGGUCUGCAUGUGUAAUUUUAUUGAUGUCUGACAUUUUGAACAUUGCCUUUCUCCUCCCCCACCCCCAAUUUCAGCUGGUAUAACCAUUCUGGGGACCAGAACACAGUCUGUUUCCAAAAAAAACAAAUUUCAUGAGAUGCUAAAUAUAUUAAAACCUCAUUUUUUGUGUUCACCCUGUUUUUCUCAGCACACCAUCAGGGAACUUUCCAUAAACUUUACUGUUGGUUUUGAAAAGUGUCUUAACUGUGCAGUUGCAUGUUGUGCCCAGCAGGGGGUGAUCAGACGGCUUCAUCUCAGUCCUGAUGUUUUUUUUUAAUGAUCAAUCUGAUGUUAAAUGUUAAUAGCUGUUUCUCACCCCUGUUUUGUUCCUUUAUCUUGCAUUGUGGGUCUCAUGUCUGUGCUUGUUAUCAUUGUGUGGGACUUGUUGCUUCUAGAGGUAACUUUGCACAGUGAACUUGACAAAUUCUCCUUCCAAAAAAAAAAAAACUUGAAUAAAAAAAUAUUCUUUCAAAAAACAA